ACUGCAUACUAUCACUAAAAAUCCAAUCCCAAAUUAUUAAUAAUCAAAUGCUCUAUUAUUAUUGCUAUGAUUGUUGCCGCUUAUUUUGAACACAAUCAAAUCAAACUGCACAACGUUAAAUAGGUAGAAAUAAAAAAAAAGUGUUCUCAUUACUUUCUUCAAUAUGUAACAAUAAUUUACAUGAACCCUUUACAUAUUUGACGCAAUUAAAAUCAACUCUAUGGUGUACAGUGCAGUGUGCAACUUUAGGACAACAUCGAUAAAAUAUAUAAUACUUCCUUUGUGUAAUAUUUUGUAUUUUCUGAUCUAUUUGCAUAUAUAGAAAAAAGUUAACUAAAUACUAAUGAUAAUGUUUGGCUUAGCGUUCAGAGAUGAAUGUGUGCCUGUUGUGCUCAGACUGUUAACCUGCUGCUGCUGCUGAAAGUCGACUGUCGCAGAGUUUUUGACGGAAAACUGACGGGACCAACAGGAAAAGUCAGGAACCAACUUCGCUAACCGUCAGGUUUCGGGGCUUGGCGAUGGGGGACAUGAAGACCCCUGAUUUUGAUGACUUGCUUGCAGCUUUCGACAUCCCUGACAUUGACGCACAAGAGGCCAUUCAGUCAAACCCAGCCGAGCAGCGGGAUGGAGGGGCUACUAGUGCACCUGGGGGAAGCAAGAGUGGGACUUCUUCGUGCUUCCCCAGCUCUGAGCCGCCUGUGGUCAGCGUCAUAGUGAAGAACACGGUUCGGUCUGAGUCUCUGGAGGAGGAAGACAGGUCUGCAAGGGAUAAAGCUGAUAAUCCACCGGGCAGUGCCUUAACCUCUCAGGUUCCAGUCAAGUUAGAGGAUUUCACUUCAGAGUUGGAGCCCAAACUGCCUGCCAGCGCUGCCAUGGAGCCUCAGAUUACCAAUGGCUUUGAGGAAGCUCAAGCCAUCAAUCAGGGACAGGCCAGCGCACAACCCUGGUCCGAGCCUCCUCCUUUCAGCUCCCCGCUGAGUGAUAAUGAGGGCGAUGAAGGAGCCGGACCCGGCUCUGAUGUUAUUAACAGUUUGUCGCCCCUUCUGUACCCAGAGUCUUCAACACCAGCUGGUACCACCCGAUCACCUCCUCGCUCCCCACCUUCGUUAAUCCCUUGCUCGCCUCUGCAAGAAAAACAUGCUAAUCCUUUGUCGCCUCCUUUGCAACAAAACGGAAGCAUGACAGAUGAAACCAAAUGUGAUGCGGACACAGAUGAAGACGAGUCCGAUCCGGACUUCGGAAGCCCGCUGGUGAUUCAGGAGAGCCCAGAAUCGAUGAUGUUCUCCCCUCCAAAACGCAGACGCCGAGAAAAACUCCUUUCGGAUCGUCCUCUGGCGUAUCAGGACACAUCUUCUGUUUUUCCGCAGCCUCCCAGUCUUUCUGCUAAACCUAAAUCCCCAAAAGAGGAAGAGGAACAGCCUUUGAAACCUAGCUCUUCCUCCACAGCUCCACAGCCCCAGGCCCUCUCUGCCGUCGACACAAACUCAGCGGCACUGAAGGAGGAGAAAUACCCAGAGCAUGUGAUCGAUGAGAGGGACUCGCCCGAGAGCCCGCCACCCAGUGAGACCGGGCUUCUGUUCAACAGGAACAGCAGCUCUGAUUUUGGUUCGACACCAGGCCCAGAUCCGAAUAAGGAGAAACUCCUGGAAAAAGAUCCGCCUGCUGAAGCUGAGCAGCGAGAGGAGGACAGAUCUCAGGGAACUGAAGAUCUGGGUGAAAAGACGGCAGCAGAUGGAGAAAAAUCAAACGAGAAUUGCCAUGCUGGUAGCGAGCACACAGAGACGCCAUCCUCCCCACCCAGACCUCUCAAAGUAAAAAUUAAAAUGCCAACGGGCAGCAUCACAAGAACCGUGACUAAUCUGGCUCCUAAACGAAUCGCAAAAGCCUCCACGAAAGACGCCGAGAGCUCAAAACCGUCUCCAGAAGGCCAAAAGUUCAAAAAGGAGCUGCAACAGCAGUCGGACUUGACUACAGCGGCAACAGCAGAAAGCGUCAUUACAGUGAAGGAGAAAAAGCCCAGAGUGUCCCCUACAGCGGUCAGCAUCACUAAGACUGCAACACUGCCGUCUGUCUCUUCCUCCUCCUCCUCCUCUUCCUCCUCCUCCAGGGCCAACCCAGGUGCAAUCAACCUCCGCAGCCUCGGUAAGAAAACUCUCAACAGCGGGAUCGCCCUGCCGGCACCUCUGGCGCCUCAAACCAGCAGCAGGCCGGCCUCUAUAGUCAACAGCACCGGGGCGAUCAUUUCCAAGAGCCAGACCAACCUGGUGGAAGCCUUCAACAAAAUCCUCAACAACAAAAACCUUCUGCCCAGUUAUAAGCCAGACCUGAGCUCCCCAGUACCAGCAGAGUGGGGCAUUUCCCUCCCAUCACAGGGCUACCGGUGUCUGGAGUGCGGCGACGCCUUCGCCCUGGAGCACAGCUUGGCGCAGCACUACGACAGGCGCUCGCUCCGGAUCGAGGUGACGUGCAAUCACUGCGCCAAGCGGCUGGCCUUCUUCAACAAGUGCAGCUUGCUUUUGCACGCCCGAGAGCACAAAGAGAAAGGCCUGAUCAUGCAGUGCUCGCAUCUGGUCAUGAAGCCUGUACCUGUGGAGCAGAUGAUCAGCCAGCCUGAACCUGCAGCUGCGGCUGCGGCAGGGGGCCAGGUCACUCUAAAGCCGGCACAUCACGCUGCACCAUCCAAGAAAGAAACGGAUAUGUUGCUGUACACAAAUAAUAAAUGCCCUGAGUGUCAGACUCAGUUUGGCAGCAAAGAGGAGGUUUCUGACCAUUUCCAAGAGGUCAAACCAGCUAAAGGCACUUCUUGCACAGAGUGCUCUCCUCCCAUGCUCCUGCCCAACAGCUGCAGCGCCGCAGCCCAUCAGCGAAUCCACCAAGGCUCCUCGCCGCACGUCUGCCCAGAGUGCGGCGGCACCGCCAAGCAGCAGCUGCUUCAAAAACACCUGCAGGAGAGCUGCUUGCACUUUUCCCGCCGCAUCGGCUACAGAUGUUCCAGUUGCCUGGUGGUGUUUGGGGGGCUGAACUCAGUGAAGUCCCACAUCCAGCAGGCUCAUUGCGACAUGUUCCAUAAAUGCCCCAGCUGCCCCAUGGCCUUCAAAUCUGCCCCCAGCAUCCAGAACCACAUCUCAGCUCAGCAUUCAGACCUCACGGACGCAAAGGCCAUGCUGAUUUAUAAAUGCGUCAUGUGCGACACAGUUUUCACUCACAAGCCGCUGCUGUACACCCACUUCGACACUCACUUGGCCAAUCAGAAGGUGCACGUGUUCAAAUGCCCUGAAUGCACCAAGCUGUUUUCUCAGAGGAAUUCCCUGCUGGAUCAUUUCAAGACCCACCAGGCUCCCACGUUGAAGGAAGAGCUGCCUUCACCUCCAGCGGCCGUCUCACAUUUGGCUGGGAAACCCGAGAGCUCAGAGGAGGAAUGGAUGGGGAAGGAGAAAGUGAAGCCCGAAAGGAUGAAGGCGCCUACAUUGUGGAAAUGUCGCGCGUGCAACACCCAGUUCACAGAACGGGAGGAAUACAUUUCUCAUAUGGGCGAGCAGCACGGCAAGUUUCUCAAGAAGUUUCCCUGCAACAAAUGUGAGAGCUCCUUCACCACCACGUCCAGCAUGAGGCGCCACAUAAGAGACAAACACAAAGUCAUGAACCGCGGCUUCCGCUGCCAAUAUUGUUCUGAGAGUAAGAAAGCGUUCAGCAGCAGGUCGAUGUUGGAGCGGCACAUCCAGAUGAGACACAGCAUGACCAGCCCGGGUCAGGACUCGCUCUUGGGGGCCGACGAAGCCGAAAGCUCUUCGGAGCAAGACAGCGGCUCGGCGUCCCGCAGGAGACGUCGAGCUAAGACGGAGCAGGACGCAGAGGCGACGGACAGAGCGAGUCCAGCGAAGAAGGUGCGAUCGACCGCCGCGCCGUACGUCCAGCCCGAGUCCGGGUUCAGCUGCGCUCCCUGCGGCUUCACCACGGAGGACAAGCCGAGGUUCCUGGAGCACAUCAGCCAGCACAGGCGAGGCGGGACGGAGGGCGGCGGCCUGCAGUGUCUGCAGUGUGGCGCCUGCUUCACAUCCCCGUCCUCCCUGUCCCGCCACCGCUUCAUCAUCCACAAGGUGAAAGAUGCUUUCAGCGACAGCCAGCAGAGCCCCGUUGUGUCUCCGUCGCCCUCUGCUGGAAACGCCAAGAACCACGACGACAGGAGCUCCCUGAACGGCUCCGAGCCGGCUUCGCCCUCCGGUCAGCCUCUGGCUGGUCAGGGGAAGGACGACGACGGAGCGCUGGCCUGCAAGGUGUGCGGUAAACACUUUGAAAAAGCGACAGAUCUCAACACACACUUCAGAACUCACGGGAUGGCUUUUAUUAUCGCAAGAAACGCAGGGAAGACCACCUAGAAUGAGUGACGGAAAGCAAAUGGUUCGUUUUAAGAAAAUCUGUAAGUGCCUCUUUUGAAUCUGUCAUUCAUAUCCGGGCCCCUGCAUCUAUGCACUAAUUCAACCAAAGAUUGUUCAUUUGAAGCUUAUAAAACAGUUUAAUGUUUCUGACUGUUCGAGUAAAGCCUUAACCCUCUGAUUCUCAGGAUCUGCUGCUUACUCUCCGUUUCAUCAGGAUACUGAUCAGAUUUUUAACCUCCCGUUUCCCUGCUUUGACUCACUCACAUUAAUCACGUGCCUGUAGAAAACUGUGACUGUUGUAUUAACUCAAUCCUGCUGUGAUCAUGAAAGCAAUUUCACUUGACGUUUAAUAUUGCUGAUGUCAUUUUUAAGGCGACCGGGGCGAUUCAUCAAGAGGCGCGCUCUAAAAUCUUGUGCUAAGAAUCACUGAAGUGGUUUGAAUUGUGUUCAGUUUCUGAAAAUCAUUUUCUAAAACCUGUUCUGAGUUUAGUAACUUAACUGUAGAUGAUUUGUUUACAUUUUCGUGACGUAUUAAAACUGGGUUUCUGUACAUUUUCCAUUGCAAAAUUCCAGCAUGAAAGGUAUAGGUUUUUCGACAUUUUUUUUCGUCACAUUCUGGACAUUUUACAUGUUAAAUAUUUCACUUUUCUGAACUUGGCUUCUUUUUGGUACAUCACUUUUUUUCAGUGUUUUAUUCACCUCAGUUUCAAAAUAAAUGUCAGCUCUUGUCUGAAUUAUUGUACACUAAAUUUAUUCUUUGAAGCAGUCUGUAAUUUUUUUCUGUAAACAUAUUUUUUAAAAGCAUGUCAGAGCUUAAAAGCAGGUCCAGUUUCAAACCCCAGUCUCAAAAGGUCCAGGGGUCCAAACAGCAGCGACUGCAUUUAAUGAUUAUUAUUGUUUUGAAUAA